CAGGCAUAAUCGUGCGAAUAUGGUUUUUUUUUCUUUUUUUUUUUUCUUCCCAACUCAGCUCCAUCAUUUCUCAAUCUACGGCCCUUCCAAAGAUCUAAUAUCGAACAGAAAAUGCGUAUGAGCCCUGACCUUCUCUCGGUUUCACAUGAUCAUGUGUGCUGUGGGCUUGAUGCCGUGCCAGCCUGUCUUCUGCUCAGCAGAGAAGACUAACGUUGAGAACUGCGGCCAAACACGCUCCUGUCAGAUCUGCCACCUACUAUCGGGUGCGAGACAUCUCCGCCAGCAGCAGGACUGCCCUUUCUCUUACUCAUUUCCUUGUCAUACAUACAAGACUUUGACAACACAAACAGCCUUCACAGUUCUUACAGGAACGCUUUAUGGAGGGGCAAUGCAUGAUAGACGCAAGAUUAAAGACUGUUAGACUCAGUCGCAGUUUUGUUACAAACAUGUCCCAAGCUCCGUUAACAAAGGCAUCCGUUGAUUUGUUUUGCUAACUAGGCUGAACUUUGCAUCAGCAGAAACCACCACGGACUUGAUGGGGAUGUCCGGUAUGCUCCAACCAACACGGCGUGUCAAUAUGACGAUUGACUACUGUCGUUCCUGACUGUUGUUCAUAAUGAUAUUUCGGAAGGCUCGCUCUUUCCUCUUCAGCUUCGCUUUGUCUCGCCCAGAGAGCGGGAGGUUUGAACAUUGUUAUUAUCCCGUUUGUUCUUGCCUUUUUUUUUUUUUUCUUGACACAGUCACACCUCAACUGCCAGCCAACCCA